AUGGACCCCUACGACAGCGAUUCCAGUCUCGACGAAGACUUUACCGAGACCGGCGUGCUCCUUGGCUACGCUGCCGAGGAAGUCAUCGAGGACACCAUCAGCCAUCUGGGCGGCUGGCCGAAAUGGCUCGAUGACAAGACUCCGCCUCCGGGCGACUAUGCAAACUGCAAAGUCUGCAAUAGCGCGAUGCUUCUGCUCCUCGAACUGCACGGCGACCUGCCCGACCACUUCCCAACCGACGAGCGCCGUUUGUACCUGUUCGGAUGCCCCAGAAAGCCAUGCAACCGAAAACCUGGCAGCAUCCGGGCCUACCGCUCAAUUCGCAAGGUCACGUUGGAAAGCAUCCAGGAACAAUGUAAGCAAGUGAAGGAGAAGGAGACGGAGCCAGAGCCCAAGCCGAGUGCACCCCCAAAGCCCAAGACAGAUCUGGGCGCGAGUCUUUUCGGCGCUACGUCGUUGACGAGCAGUGUUUCUGCAAACUCCAACCCUUUCUCCAACCCUUUCUCGUCAAACCCGGCUCCAGCGGCGUCUGAUGCCAACCCGUUCGCGAUGCCCAAGCCCGCAACGACGACCCCCGCCCCGUCUACGAUCUCCACCAAUGCUCUGGCCGAAUCAUUCGCUGACAAAGUCCGGCUUUCGUCUCCAGGCCCUGCAAACCCCUCUGCAGCCACCAAACCCAAACCCGAAUCGCAGGCGCAGGCUCCAUGGCCCGCUCAGUCUGAUUUCCCCGCUCCCUAUACAAACUUCUACCUGGACGCUGAAUACGAGACAAUGUCUCGGCCGUCUACGCCUACUAUCCCCGAGAACGUCACCAUGGAACCCAUGGACGAAGAAGGUCAGAGCAGUGGCACCGCCGAGUUGAAGGAUACCUUCGAGUCGGAGAUCGACAAGGCAUUCAUGAAGUUCUCUACUCGGCUUGCGCAUAACCCGGAACAAGUGCUGCGCUACGAAUACCGCGGUUCUCCGCUGCUCUACAAUUACGCAGAUCAGAUUGGCAAGCGCCUGCACCCGGAGCAUUCUGCUGGCCAUGUGACUACCACCGGUGGUGGGAACAUGCCGCCGUGUGAGUACUGCGGUAGUGGGCGGGUAUUUGAGAUGCAGCUUACGCCGCAUGCUAUCAGUGUGUUGGAAGAGGGACGCCCCGGCGUCGGCUUGGGAGAGGGUGAAGGGGGGAUGGAAUGGGGCACUAUCAUUCUGGGUGUUUGUAGCAAGGACUGUGGGCCAGAGACCAUCGGCCAGGUUGGCUGGCGCGAGGAGUGGGCUGGUGUGCAGUGGGAAGAGAUGAAAUAG